AUGAAUGGGCCACAAGUGACCGUUGAAGAAGGAAUUCUUCAAGGCAGCGUUAUACAAGGAUACCUCGGUAAUUCAUACAUAGGAUUCAAAGGCAUACCAUACGCAGAGCCUCCACUUGGAAGCUUGAGAUUCAAGGAGCCGAAACCGGCGCGCAAGUGGUCGGGAGUAAGAGAUGCAACCGAGUAUGCGGGUGACAUUGCCAUGCAACUCAAAACUUACGGUCCACCGCCUUACGAGGUGCUGGGUAGCGAGGAUUGUUUAUAUCUAAACGUGUUCUCGCAAAAAUUAGAGAAAAAUAGGCCGGUGAUGUUUUUCAUUCACGGUGGAGGUUUUGUCGAAGGUUCAGCUAGGGGUAACAUUUAUCGCGAAGACUAUAUGAUGACGCAGGAUAUCGUAUACGUUGGUGUGAAUUAUAGAUUAGGCCCUUUUGGUUUUUUAAAUCUCGGACACGAAGUGGCACCAGGCAAUCAAGGUAUAAGAGACAUUUUGUUGGCUCUCAAAUGGGUACAAAAAAAUAUUCGAUCUUUCGGUGGUGAUCCUAAUAAUGUGACAAUAUUUGGCAACAGCAGUGGUUCCAUGACUACUCAUUUUUUGACUUUGAUCCCAGCUUCUAAAGGUUUAUUUCACAAAGCAAUAUUACAGAGUGGCUCAAGUUUCGGCAUGUCAAAUCUUGUCAAUCCUAAAAGAACAGAUUUUAAAAAUGGUUUUAAAAUAGCUUCUAAUCUUGGAUGUGAUUCUGAGGAUCCUGUCGAAGUUUUAGAAUUUUUACGAACGGUACCUGGGGACAAACUCAUUGACAUGGAAGGCAACAUUCUCACUAGAUGGGAACGAGUCAUUUGCGGUAAAUUUGAGUAUGGCCCAGUUUAUGAUGCAUAUUUUACCAAUGACCCUAUUUUACCAGUGCCGUUAAAAUACUUACUUAAUAAUGACGCAAACAUUCCAAUGAUAAUUGGACAUACGAGCGAUGAAUCGCUUUUGUUUUUCACAGAUCAAUUCGAUGACGUUUCUUUGUUAAGUAUGUACGAUAAAUACAUCGAAGAUUGCGUUAAAAAUCAUUUAUUGUUGAAAGAUCAAACAAGAUUCGACGAUAUCAUGGAAGAUAUACGAAGAUUUUAUUUAAAGCACCAACCGAUUAAUAAGGAAAAUUGGUGGAAUUUAAUAGGAUUGAUGUCGGAUAUGUUAAUGAUCAAUCCGAAUCGAAAAAUCAUAGACUUACGAAAUAAGCAUUGUACAAGAAAUGCACCUACAUAUGUUUUCAAUUUUUCCUACUUGGGCAAUCAAUCAACUUUUUAUCAAUUCGAUCACGGUCCUCAACCAUUGAAAGGUGUGGCACAUGCGGACGAAUUAUCUUAUAUGUUUUAUCUGACAUAUAUGAAAGAAAACAUCGAGGGCGAUGUUUACCCGGAAAAAGAAACGUCGGAUCGUAAAACUAUUGAAAGAUUAGUCAGAAUGUGGUAUAAUUUUGCGGCUUUUGGAAACCCAACUGAGAAGUUGGACAAUUAUAUUACAACUGAAUGGAAGCCAAUUGACCAAAAUAAUUUAUACUACUUAGAUAUUGGUGAAAACUUGAAUUUAAAGGACGAUAAAAAUUCAGAAAAUCGGAAAUUGUACGAA